UCACAACAGAAUCAUCGGAUCGGUGAAUUGCAGUGCUGCAGCCUGUUCACACAUUGAAGUAAAUGUUAAAGUUAUAGUACGCUAACAAAAAUAAUGUGCAUAAGGAGUGUGUGUGUCUAAGGAGAAUAUUGUACGCAAUUAUGAGUGUCAGCAUUGUGCAGUACUAUGGGGAUCAGACGAGCAAAUGUGGAUACUGCACGGGCACGGACUGUAGCAAAUCGCACGGUAUGCAUGCAUAUCGCUUGACCUGCGACGAUUACCAAGAGCUGAUCGAUAGAGGCUGGCGGCGCUGCGGUAAUUAUUGCUAUAAGCCGCAAAACGACAUUACAUGCUGUCCAUGCUAUACGAUUAAGUGCGAUGCUCUGGAGUUUAAACUAACCAAGUCCAAUAAACGCAUUUUGCGGCGUAUGAAUAAAUUUUUACGCGAUGGCAAACGUGAGCCAAGCGAGCAGCAGCAACAGACAGCGGGUGAAUCAAAAACCGCCGAUGACGCUGACGUCGGCGUUGGGGUCAAUGCAAGCGACCCUCAGCCACAGCUGCCUGAUAAGAAGCCCUCUGUAAUUAAUGUUGAACAAGUUGAGAGUUUAGCCGCAGAAAUGAAAAGCGCGUGCCCUGCUCCAGGGUUGGACGUAACGGCAGGCAAAGGAGAUCCUGCAGCGUCGCUGUCGGUAUCCAACAAAUGUAAAACACUAAUCUCCAACUUAAAUCCGCCACGCAAGAAGGCUAAGCAGAUGCGCCUGGAGCGCAGGCAAGCCAAACUGGGCGCCCCGCUUGAGCAGCCAUCACAUACCAAAACGUUGAAACAGGAGAAGAGCUUGAAAGAUUUUCUGGCAGCACCCUGUGAAACUGAUAAGCAUCAUUUAAAGAUCGUUUUGGUCGCUGCCUCAGAUACACAGCGCACUUGUGCCGAUGCAGUACACGCAUUGUAUCGCAAAUAUCAAUUAGUCAUACACAAUGAUAACCCCGCACGCCUAACAUUAGCUAGUAUGCAGCGGUUUUUGGUUAAAUCACCCCUAAAGCACCAAACAACCGAAGAUGCUCCGGACAUGGGAUAUGGAUCAUUUCAUCAUCAAUACUGGCUGGAUGGAAAAUUGAUUGCUGUAGGCGUCAUUGAUAUACUACCUGGUUCAGUUAGUUCAGUGUACUUCUUUUACGAUCCUGACUAUAGCUUUUUAUCGCUGGGCACAUAUGGUUCCUUAAGGGAAAUUGAUUUGGUGCAGACAAUUGCCGAGCGUGUACCCGCUUUGAAGUAUUACUAUAUGGGAUUUUACAUACACUCUUGUCCCAAAAUGCGCUAUAAGGGAAAAUUGUCUGCGUCUUAUUUAUUGUGCCCUGAGACUUAUGUUUGGGUGCCUCUAACCGAUGCCGUACGGUCCAAACUGGAUGUGGAAAAGUAUCAGCGCCUGAACCCGGAUGCCACAGCAAAGGAUGUGAAUGAGUUUUUGAAUCAGCAUUUAAAUGAUGUAAUGCUGCUCCUUGACGCCAAAACCUGCGUCAGUUACAAUAGUUUCGUACAACUUACUGGCGUUGUUGGCGAUCGCGAUGUGAUUAUCGAGUACAGCAAACUCGUGGGUAGAGUGUGUGCACAGCGCAUGCUUUUUGUGAACAUGUCUUGAAAGGCAUAUUGUUGAAGAAUUACAAAUAAAUUCAUAAAUGCACCUUUUUUCAUUAUAUACCACGCAAUUAAGUUAAACGCCUUAGCUAAGUAGUGCAAAAUUAUUUCAUUCAAAUGUAAACUGUUAAA